UCCUCCAUUAAUUCUCUCAGUUUAUUAUGGCUUCCGCCUCCCUCUCACUUUCUUCCACGCUUCCUACGCUCUCUUCAGCUCUGCGAACUUCUCCUAAGCUUUCCUUUCCGCUUCACUCUCUGUCGGUUCCAUCUAACUCACUCCCUGCUUUCUCCCUCAGCUCCUCUCUGACUUUCUCUCGGGUUUCUCGCUUACAUCCCACCAAGCGGCAGCUCGGUUCAAGGUCUCUUGGAGCCUCCGCCACCGAUAUGGCAUCGGAGAAGAAGGUGUUUGAUUCAGGGGAAGAUUUGGCUGUUUCUCUUGCCAAAUACACCGCCGAUUUGUCAGAUCACUUUGCUAAGAAGAGGGGUGCUUUCACUGUUGUUCUCUCCGGUGGAUCUCUCAUCAAAUGUCUCAGGAAACUGGUGGAGCCACCAUAUAUUGAUUCAAUAGACUGGUCGAAAUGGCACGUGUUUUGGGCUGAUGAGAGAGUUGUACCCAAGGAUCACGUUGACAGCAACUACAAACUUGCUUUUGAUGGAUUUCUCUCUCAGGUGCCUAUUCUACCUGGUCACGUUUAUGCUAUUAACGAUGCACUGUCGGCUGAGGGUGCAGCUGACGAUUAUGAAACCUGCCUGAAGCAUUUGGUGAGUACCAAAGUUGUUGAUGUCUCAGCAGCAAGCGGGUUCCCAAAAUUCGAUCUUAUGCUUCUCGGUAUGGGUCCAGAUGGGCAUGUGGCUUCUUUAUUCCCAGGUCAUCCCCUUCUGAGUGAGAAUCAGAAAUGGGUUACCUUCAUCAAGGAUUCCCCAAAACCGCCCCCGGAGAGAAUCACUUUCACCUUUCCAGUCAUCAACUCAUCAGCACACAUCGCAGUUGUGGCGCCCGGUGCUAGCAAAGCUGAUGCUUUGUAUACAGCAUUAGGAGGAGGAAGCUCUCAGAAUGCUGAAACACUACCUGUUCAGAAGGUUGCUCCUGAAGGGGUUUUGACAUGGUUCUUGGACAAAGAUGCUGCUUCCAAGCUGUAGUGUAAGAGAUAUGCGUCCAUUGAGGGGCGAGGAGUGUUAGGCUUACGCUAUUCGUUGGAUUUGAAUAAGAGUCUUUAUGUUCACAUAAAUAAAUGUAGGUUCGAGCUUGAAGCACGGCAUCAUCUGAACACGGGGGUAAGUUUGUUGGGACUUUUCCAUCCCAUUUCCGAGUUUUUAAGAGAUUUCUUCGAAAAGAGGGAACCAAAUGGAAUAGGCUUAGAGAACAUACUAAACGAGCUCGGUCUUUCACAAUGUAUUGGUUUCUCUGCUAUGAGCAAUGACUUCUGCUUGGCGUUUGUUCAUCAUUCCUAUGUCGUCCAUGGUUUUUGUACGACGUUAUUGAGUUAACGUCCUCCAACUGAAUUACGUAACGAAUUCUUAUGGUCAUUGAAUGUAGGAGCAUCAGGGAGCUAUGAACAGUG